UUGGGCCUCCAUUGAAUUUGGAAUCAGGUUGUCCCCUAACCCUCAACUUUCUAGACACUUCCAAAUUCCAUAAUCCUACAUAUAAACCACACUCAAACCUCACACCAAACAAUAUCGUAAUUACAUUGCUACUAUUGUAUUUUAGUUCGCAUAUUCGCUCCAAAUUCGAUUCAAUGGCGAAAUAUGGCGAAGGCGACAAGCGUUGGAUCGUAGAAGACAGACCAGACGGAACCAACGUCCACAACUGGCACUGGUCCGAAACUAACUGUCUAGAAUGGUCAAGAACCUUCUUCAACAACCUCUUUAACAACCUCAAAAUCCUCGACGGCCAAAAUGGCCUCCACGUCACCAUUAAGAAAGUCGACAAACUUGAUGGCGAAGCCUACGUUAACGUCCGCAAGGGGAAGAUCAUUCCGGGAUAUGAAAUCAGCGCUUCGAUUUCGUGGGAAGGUGAAGCGAGAGAUUCCGACGGGAAAUUGUUACAUAAAGUCACCGGAACGGUUGAGAUCCCUUAUAUUUCCGAUGAGAACGCCGAUGAGGAUCCUGAAGUUAGGGUUAGUGUUAAAGAUGAGGGAAAAAUUGGGAAGAAUUUUAGGGAUGCGGUUCUUGCGAAAGGGAAAGGUUUGAUUUUGGAGAAAGUUAGGGUUUGGGUUGAGAGUAUGUCGAAAGGCGGACCGGUAAAGGAUGAGCUUGAGACUAAGAAAGUUCCGCCGAAGAGUAAUUCUUUGGCGUCGGCAGUUGUGGGGAAGAAGAAAGAAGAGGAAGUUGGGGUGAAGGAGAAAGAGAAGGAGAAAGUGAAGAAGGGAUGUAAAGUGAUUAGUUUAAAUGAGAAGUUUAAUUGUAGGGCGAAGGAUUUGUUUGAGAUAUUGAUGGAUGAGAAUAGAUGGAAAGGUUUUACUCACAGUAAUGCUAGGAUUAGUAAGGAGGUUGGUGGUGAGUUUAGUAUCUUUGAUGGGUCUGUUACAGGGGCGAAUUUGGAAUUGCAGGAAGGGAAAUUGAUUGUUCAGAGAUGGAGAUUUGGGAGCUGGCCAGAUGGAAUGCAAUCAACGGUGAGAAUUGUGUUUGAGGAGCCUGAAUCUGGAGUUACGGUUGUGAAACUAACACACACCGAUGUUCCUGAAGAAGACAGAUACGGGAAUGCGACUGUGGUCGAGAACACUGAGAGGGGAUGGAGGGAUCUUAUUUUCCAGAGGAUUCGGUCUGUGUUUGGAUUUGGAAUGUGAGAUUUUCUUGACAGUAUGUGUUGUAGAAUUCGAGUUUUGAUUUUCAUUUUUAUAUGGGUAGAUCAUUGGAUUGGCAUUGUAUUAUUUUAUUGUCAAAGACAUAAAGUGUCUUUUGCAAUGGUUUCUGCUGCUACUUAUUUCUGGUUUCAGAAAUUGUUUCUUGUUUAAUACGAUGAUCCUUGCCCAUUGUAUUUCUAAUAUUACAUGUGAUCAAAACACUUGGUUCUGUUGCAAUUAUCAGUAUCCUUGGUGACAACAUUAACUCUUGUUAUACUAUUUAACAGUUGAAAUUUCAAUUUGCGAUAAA